ACGCAAAGUAAAUAAUGAUUGAUUUAGUGCUGGAUAAGCGUUUUGGGCGACUUACAUUUAAAGUGAGCUGUCAACUUUGACAAAGGUAUUUGAAUUGAAAAAAUCACAGCUGAGAUAUUUGUAUGAGCAGGUGAGAAAGAAUAGCGAAAGGUCGUGGCGUGGUGAGAUCGUAAAGAUUGACUGGAAAGUACUGGAAAGUCGCCUGCUACACAAAGCAAGAUAUGCACUGCAUGAAAACAUUACACCAGAUUUUUUUGCUUUUGUUUCUUCUUGCCAACGUUAAGCUUGGAAACAGCUUGGGUACACUUGGAAUUAAAUUGAUCAAAUAUGAAAACCCAACACACACCACCGAUGACGGUGCAUGUUGCCUCAAAGGCGGUGCAAGUACAUGUCGCUAUAAAUGCUUAAAUGCGUUAAACCUCUGUGUAAGUAGCAUAAAACAUACAUGCGAUAUUGGAAACAAAACCAUGCCUGACAUACAAGAUGGAGAUAAGUACCGAGAUGAUGACGUCAGCAAAUUUAUAUCAUUUCGCUUUAUAAAAUGGAAGAAUAUAUUUCACUUACAAGGAUUGUUUCACGUUGACACAAAUUUUCUUGUUACAAACAUCACCAAGACAUUCAAUAUUCCCGCCACAACUUUCAAACACAAACAAUGGAGCCAGUUUUCAUUUCCACCUAUAAUUUUUGGCGAUGAAAAAACCAUGACAAUUAAAGUCAGCGCGUCAUGUGAUCAAGACUAUUUAUUACCAGACUGCUUGAUAGAACAGUGUGUACCACGUGACAAUAAUGGCGGACAUUAUACUUGUGUAAACAAUACUAAAAUCUGCUUACAAGGCUGGAAAGACCCUUUAUCGAAUUGCCUUCAAUCAAACAAAACCUCAUCUGUAAUCAGUUUAUCUUCUAUCCAUCCAACACAAGUGUUAAGUUACAUCGUAACACAGAAAUUAUCUCUGAUGACCACAAGAUCGGCGAGAGUUUUACUAAUCACCUCAAGCUUUUUAAGUUAUUCUACAGCUGUGAGCAUUAAAAACACACCAACAGCACCGACGUCAGCUAUAACGGAAUUGACGUCAAUUGCAAUGGCACCGAUGUCAGUUAUAACAGCGUUAACGUCAUUUGCAACGGCAUCGACGUCAUCUACAACGUCCCUGAAAUCAACGGCAACGUUACCGACUUUAAUUACAACGCCCCCGACGACAACUACAAAACAAAAAAAAGCAAUGUCAGAAAAAGAUAAAAAUGAUGAGAGAGAGCUACAAUAUAUAUUAAGCUCCUGCGCAGGUGUUUUAUUUGCUAUGGCAUUGUUAUUUGCAACGGUGGCUCGAAUGAGAUGGAACAGAAAACACACGCGAGUGCAUUCGUUUAGAAACAGUGAUCAUGAGAUGGAAUCUACAAUCGACAGUGGCAUUGUUGCAUCUUAAAACAAUUUUGGCUUACUUCAUACAACUCCAUAGACAUCUUUUAGAUAAAUUUCGAUAUUAACCAGAGCAAAUUAUUUUGAAACUUUUUUUUAAAAAAAUAAUCGGAAUCAAAUAUUUUAGGGUGCCAUACGAGAAAGUAUUACAUGAUUGCCUUAUCUGAAAAUAAUAACAAGAGGAGAAGUGGCUAAAUUUUGUGCAAGAAAUAGUACUACACUUUAUACUUACUAAAUUCCCACAGCUUUAUUUUCCCUUAUUUUUACUUUUACUCCAUUUGUUAAUUUCUAAAAAUGUACUUCCAUAAGGUCAAUUUGCAAUCCACAAAAAAUAUCCAAGGUAAUUUUGGCGCCUCAUUACAGCAAAGAAGUUUUGCCGACAGUUGGAUGGCAGCAAAAAGUUAUAAUGGCAGUGAGAUUGUGAAAACAAGAUGGGUGGUAGCUAAUGUCUACCACCCAUCUUUUAAGAAAGCGAGAUCUAGUCAAGAGAUCAAGUAUGUUAAGGUGCGAAUAUACACUGGUUCGCAAUGAUUUUUUUGCGAUCAGAAUAAUUACUGCGUUUUUUGACUGGUUGCUUCUAUUGUUCUUUGAUCACGUGAUCAUUAUCGGAAACUUACAUAAUGCUGGACGAUUAUGACAUUUUUAAAAGUUUCUUUGUUAUUGUGUAUAUUUUAUUAUUUUUGUAAAUUAUCGAGUUCUUUUGUAUUUUGUGAUAUUUAUUAAUGAAAUUGGAUUAUAUAGAAUUUUAAAAACAC